UCACAAUGCUCAAUUGAUUUCAGUUUUCUUUCGAGUGUCGUAUGAAUGAGUCAGAUCGGCGGUUAAAUGGGAGAAUUUCUAAAGAAGUGAGGCUUGGUGCGACAGGCGAAUAUUAUAUUUUUCCACUAUCUAACAAAUCGCAAACGUAAAACACAAACAAUAACAGAAGCCUUAAGAAAUAAUAUGUGAAAAGGCAACCCAAGAUUCGUGUUUAACUUGUGGUUAGCGAGUGUAUAUAAUAAUUACAACAAUAACAACAAUAAUAAAAUACAUCAUUAUCAACAACAUCAUCAACAUCAUCCUCAUCGCCAUCGCCAUCGCCAUCGUAAUCAUCUCGGCAACUUUGAAGCGGCCAACAAGAAGCAGUUUUUAGCAACUCCAACACCAAUAUGGAUAUAGAAUCAGACGACUCGGAACGUUGGGAGGACUUUUUUGGCAGCUCCACUGAGUUGGCACCAUCGCUGCUGGGCAUCUACGACACCUUGACGAGUGUGUUGGAUGGUAGCAACAAAACUACUAACAACAACAACAGCAAUAACAAUAACAGCAACAACAGCAGCUUCCUUGAGAAUGUAAAAAUAAACGAAUACUGCAGCAGCAAAAGCGAUAGCAACGAGAUCGCCAUUGGCGUAGAUGUGCAUUCUAACGGUAAUACAAGCGUUGACAGUAAUCACAGCGACUCGCCAACGCUCAGCAAUAAGAGCAGUCGGAGCUCAAGUUUCGAGUCGGAGGAAAAGUCAGCCGGCGAAUACAGUUACUCUAUAGACAACUGCAACAACAAUAGCAGCAAUUGUGACAGCAAUCGGAGUAAGAGUAAUUGUAGCGCUUUAAGCGAACAGCAGCAGCAACAAUACCAGAAACAACAACCUUCACCUUCACUGGUACCACAAAACAGACAUUCGAUAGAGUCGCCACCCGAGGCGGCAAGUUCGUUGAGUAGUUCUUCAGACAGUGGCUUUGUCGGCGGACACAAUCCGACACUCACAUUAUUUAACCUCGCUUACAGCAACAGCCAUAACCAGAGCCACAGUCACUCAGCAAUAAAGCACAGUUACAGCCAAAGUAGUCGCAGUCUCAAUUCCCUCUCGUCCUCUUCCUCGUGCAGUCAACGCAGCAAUAGCAGUGGCAGUGGUGGGCACAACAGUCCACUGAGCUCACGUUUGUCACGUGACACACCAUCCGUACACAGCUCAGGCAGCAAUAGAAGUCUCAGCAACAGUCCCAGCAAACUUCGUAACCAAAUACGCAUACUCUCGCCCAAUGUUCAACGCAUAAUCACCCAUUCGAACGCAGAACAUGUGGAGACGGUGGAUAUAGACGCUUUGCAACAGCAACAGACCACGCACCUGACGAGUCCACUCCAAUCGCCGGCGCUUCACCAUCGCUACAUUAAGAAAGCGCCACCACCUGGCGCGACCUCUACGCCAAAUGGCAUACAUAAAGUCAAACUAUCGCACAUACCGCUCUCCAAAAUCACCGGCAAACUAACACAAUCGGGCAACGAGCUUGUUGAGACCUUUGACUCUAGUUCAGAGUACUUGGAUGCGCUUAGUUUUCAUUCAUAUACCGAAGCAAAGCCAGCACGAAGCCUUAAGAAACCACCCACUCCAGCUGUGGUAAAUAUACUAGGCGUGGAUGAGAGUGUUGUUGACGGUGAGGUAACACCGACUAAUAAGUGUACCACUACCACUAAGCCAAGUGAUCCGCCAAGCGCUUUUAACUUUGGCUCGACGUACAAGUUAUCACUACCGAAUAAUGAACGUCAAGAGAGUAUUAAAUUGAUUGAGAUGGAACAACUGGCUGCCACUACCCAGAUGAUAAACGCGGCCGCAUCUUCUGUGCCAACGCCGGAGAUUACGCCGCUUGCGGUAGAACAAAAACAUCAAAAACAAAACAAUAACAACUCCAGCGCUAAUAAUAACGACUCUCCAACACUGAAUACACCGCCACCUAUACCAUCUAAAGAGUUUAUCGCUACGGCUCCUCUAUCACCCUGCGACAUAGUCGAGGCUCUCAACUACCCACUGAUCACAAAGGAGCUGCAGACGCUCACGCUCAACGAUAAGCAGGAUGCCAUGAACUGUUCCAUGACGAGCGUUGAACUCAUUGAGGCUAUUAAUAAGCCAGUGAUCUCUAAACCUUUAGUUCGCAGCUCUUCGGCCGCCUGCGCAUCUACUGUGUCCGGUUCCCCUAUGCUCACUUAUGCACGAUCCAAAAGUUUGGCAGCGAAGGCCAAUACGCUGGGCGGUGCAGUGCCAAUUAAAUUACCAACAGCCCAACAGCUAGAGGAACUGGAGGAAGCGAGCAAAAUGUCCGCAGAGAGUUUGGAUCGUCUGACUGAUAUCAAAUCAAAGUUUUCACCAAAAGAGUCACGUAAGGGGGGUCCAAUGUUACCAGAGAUUGCUAAACUUAAACAUCGUCCACUUUCUUCGUCGUCAAUUUGUUCAACAUCGUCCAGCUCCAGCUCUGGUUCAGAUCAUCUCAACGGCAAAUUGGCCACGUCUUAUUUGGCAAGUGUGGAGAGUUUGGCUGAUCAAAGCGAGAAUGAGCUGAUGGAUCCACACAGCGGAAUGAGUGUUUUGGAGCGUGCCAUGUUGGAGAUCGUGGACUCGGAGCGGAGUUUUGUGGAGGACUUAGGACAAGUCAUAAGAGGUUAUCUAUCGGAUUGGAAAGAACGCGCCUGCCUACGUUACGACGAACUGAAAAUACUCUUCUCGAAUAUUGAAGAGAUUUAUGAGUUCAACUCGACGCUUCUGAAACAGUUAAUCAACUCUGGUAUGGAUCCGGGGAAAAUAGCCAAAUGUUUUAUAGAUUUGCGCGAAGGAUUUGAUGUAUACACAACAUAUUGUACAAGUUAUCCUGAAGCCAUAUCACUGCUGACCAAACUGUUACAGGCCACACACACCAACGCACUGCUAACGUCCACACAAAAAAUGUUGCAACAUAAAUUGCCACUCGGCUCCUAUUUGCUGAAGCCAGUGCAACGUAUACUCAAAUAUCAUUUGCUAUUGGACAACCUUCGUAAGCAUUGCGAUGUGAAGGAAGUAUUGCAAGCCUACGAAAUCAUGCGACAAGUAGCGCGUAAUAUCGAUCAGGUGAAGCGUAAGUUGGAGCAGCAAAUAAGAGUUAAAGAACUGUCGGGCAUAUUGGAUGGUUGGCUGGGACCAGAACUCACUGUUUUAGGCGAGCUACGUCAGGAAGGACUGCUUAUGGAGCACAAUAAGCCACGCAUGGUCUUCUUGUUCGACACAAUGUUGAUUAUUACCAAGUCCAAAGAGGAUAAUCGUCUGCAAUUCAAGAGUUAUAUACACCAAAAUAAUCUAAUGCUAAGCGAACAUUUACCUGGCGAGCCGACGAGCUUUUAUGUAAUUCCCUACCAUGAGCCGCGUAAUCAAAUCAAAUUGACAGCCAAAAAUCGUGACCAGAAACGUCUUUGGGCGCAACACAUUAAAGGAGUCAUACUCGAGAAAUUCGACAACAUACCAAAUCGCGCCAAGGAGUUGGUCUACAAGUUGGGCGAUGAGGAAGACCGCACGCCGGAUAAGAACACUUGGAAAUGGAGUCUGCACUCAAGCUCCACAACGCCGGUCUACCUGGAGCGGCGCAAUCAGUAUCGGCGCAGCGAAAUACGAAAAUGUUCCAAGUUCAAGCGGAAGACUGUCUCGAACUCUACAUCUUUCGACAGUUUCAAUGAACUCGCCGAGAAUCCAGCAUCCCAGGCAGCAACAACAAUAACGGGAACAAGUGAGGUCAGCAAUGUGAGUGCGGGCAAACCUGUGGCGCGCACUAACAGUAUCGACGACAAUAUGUUGCCGGCGCUGCACAAACUCGCUGCGGCCAUCAAGAAUAAAGGUAGAGCAGAGGAGGUAAUUGGCACAGCAAAUAGCUCAAAGAGCGUCGCUGCCGAAAGCGGUAAGGGGGUGAAAGCCGAAACACCAGCGAAAGAGCAGCUAUUGCCCUGCAUCCUGCGCGAUCAACGGCGUAGCGCUUGUGCUUCACCCAAGUCCCCACUCUUCGGUUUGAAGGCGCUGAAGGAGCGUAGCAAGUCGGUGCCACGAAUUAGUUUCCAAUGUGAGGAUUUGGAUGAGGAGAACGAGUCAUUGAACGGCAGCAACACCAAUCUCGAUGCGCGAAAAUCCAAGUCUAGUAAAUCCAUUGAAGUCAAGCAAUACAACCACAAGACUAUACCCAAGCGCAUAGCGACGCUGAAGAAACAGCGCACAGGCAAAACAAAGGAGACGUGUAAGUUCUACAUGGACCUAAGUGAGUUUGACGAUACGCCCAAAACUGAGCUGAAGAUCACCGAAUCCACGGAAAAUCUCUUGGAAGAGAAGCCGUUGGAAACAAGCGCGGCCGAGAAGGAUGUGAAAACGGUAACGCAAAAUCUAGACAGCAUACAAAUGCAACUGGAGAAGCAAUGCGAGGAGUUACUGACGACGCUCAAGAAGAAAGAUGCCGAUAUCAUAUUGGAUCUGCUGAAACAGAAUAAGGAGUUUGAACGCAUGGCUAAGAAGAAGCAGCAACGCAAACGUACCGCAGAGUCUGGUGGAAGCGGUAGCGGUAGUGGUAGUGGUAGUUGCAGCGCCAGCGCUCCAGGUAGUCCCGAGUCGCCGGACUAUCCGCUAGUCAAUGAAUUGCCACCGCGCCCGCCAUCGCGCUCGCCGCCACCACUCGAAUCUGAGAGCGAGCAUCCUUCCGCUAAUGACACGCAGAUUGCUAAGCCAGAUGAAGAUGAUGAAGAGCCUAUCUACGAGACGCUGUUGCGCAACGUACACGUUCCUUAUAAAUUUUCACCCGUGCUCGGGCGCUCCCAUUCAACGCAGCAAUACAAGCCGCGCGAGAAGAAGUCACCGCCAAUGCCACGCCCUGAGUCGGACUAUGUAACGCUCGUGUACUCACCUGAAGGCGCAUUGCAACAAGUUGGCAGUGAAGUGCUUCCGGAGCGCGUUAUCAGUGGCGAGGCACAGCUUCGGCGGGAAAUUGCCGAAGCGAUACCCGAUGAUCGUGACAGCUCUGGUUCAUCCACUUCCUCGUCGACUUGCACUUUGAAACGCGAUAGUCAGAAUACAGUCAUAAACAUGGAUUGCAUUUCGGCGGGCAAUAUAUCAAUGAUCUCCAAUACAACCAACAUUUCCCUUCCGGAAGCAGUUUACGCGCGUCCCAUGCCGAAAAAUUUGAUGAAGCGCUUAUUUAGCACUGGCGCGCAUGCAGUGUCCGCCAACAUGGGGAGCAAGUACACACAUGAGAAUAUAUCCUCUUCGCACAAUUCCUUAUUGCCGCGCGCACGAAAGUCCAUCGACAAUAUUGCACUCAGUUUUGGCCGCUCCAACAAGCCACCUGAGCGUCGCGUUUCCGAUGUGACUGAGAUGUGCCGGCAAAGCAUAUUGCAUCGACAGGGUAGCGAGGCUGUAGGUGAACGCAUGGCGCACGUUGACUACGCCGAUCCGCGUACACUCUUCGCCAUGAGUUCUGCUAUACCUACUGCCUCCGACGCAUCGCUGCAACGCGAUUCUGUAUUCUCACUCACCUCCUCCAAUGACAGCGUUUGCGAUCAAAAGCGUCGUGCCAACUCAGCGCUAAGUAGCGAUGCCAACAACUCUGAUUUCGUAUAUGAAGACAAUGUAGAGGCUUGUCUGGAGAAUGAUUUCCGGGACUCGGCGAUUUACAGCGAUGAUAAUGAGAAGCGUGUCGACUAUGAGUCAGGUGAUGGCAUCAAGCGGCCGAGUAGUCCACCCCCACCGCCACCCGCGCGCAACCGCGCCAACCCCGAAGUGCCACCUAAACCCAUGGGCAUACCGCGCGUCAACAUCAACAAAGUGUCUCCGCGUCACGAGGCGCCAAACGCAUCAUCAUUAGAUAAUGCGGACGCUCAAUCGCUGGGUGCCAAAGCAACAAGCGUCGUCAUCUGUCCGCCAAAUAUGAGCGCUGCGGCGUCCCGUAGUUGGGUGCUGCAGCAGAUCGACAACUUUAAUAAAUAGAGGGUGCCGCAUUGCAAUGGAGACUUUGCGAGUUGUCUGCCAUAGAGGGAAAAAGUAAAAUAUUUAGCAUUUUUUUCAAAUACAAAAAUUAAUAAAUUAAUACGAUAUUACAAUUUGGAAAGUAAUCGCUAAAAUAAUGAAAGUUUCGUUAACUUUUGAACGCCAAUAUGUUUACGGUAUAAUAUCUACUUAAUUUACAUACUACAAUGCAAAUAUCUAAGUAUACAUAUAUAUGCAUGUGUUUCUUUUUCGUCUUAAAAAUAAUAUUUUUACGAACAUUAUUUUUACACACACUCGCAUUUGUACAUUUCGUCUAGUGCUUAAGUCAUUUUAUUUUUUUAAUUUCAUUUUUAAAGGCGCUUGCCUCUUUUCUUUGCGGAUGAAACGCAUUGGCGUACCGUAGAAUAUAUCGAUAUUUGUAUAUAUUUUCUAAUUUUAAAUUUUACAUUUAUUUUAUUUUAUGCUAUUUUUUCACUCUAGUUUUGCUUUUGAACUUACACAUAAAUCGUUAAUAAUGAAACGAUAAAUUAAUCGUUAUCGACUUUUCGCUCUAUAGUCUGCCACAUAUUAUAAUCGUUCGAGCGAGAGAACGUUUUACGCGCACAUGUUUACAUUAUAGAAGUUUACAAAAAUAUAUACAUAUAGCAUAUUAGAACUCGAUAUAUCGAUUAAUAUUGAAGUUUAUGCGUUUUUAAGAACUUUUGUAAUUCGAUGAAACUUAAAUAUCUAUAAACGUAUUUAGCAAAUUGUUUAAA